AUGUUUUCAACCAUUCGACAAUUGAUUUUGCAGCGUACAUUUGCAACGAAACCACCCAUCGGUAGGAAGAAAAUUGUACUUAAUGAUGAAGAUUUAAUCGAGACCUUUGUCAAGGGAUCGGGGCCUGGAGGACAAUGUAUUAAUAAACGAUCGAGUUGCGUUGAUUUACGACACAUUCCUACAGGCAUUCGAGUACAGUGUCAACAAUCAAGAUCUUUGGCGGAUAAUCGUGGGAUCGCUCGAAAAUUGUUGCGAGAAAAGUUGGAUGAAUUAGAAAAUGGAUCGUUGAGUAAGAAUGGUCAAAAGGCAGCCAAGAUUGCGAAGCAAAAGGCCAGAAGAGCCAAACGGGCCAAAGAGAAAUAUGCGCCCAAAGACACCGCAGAUGCAGAGUCAGCGGCAGCAGCAGCGGCAGCAGCAGCAGCCGAAUAA